AUGCCUAAAAUCAAACCUACCCUAAAAAAAAGAAAAAUAAGUCCAGUAAGUGGUAAAAAUCAAAAAGCCCAAUUUAAAAAGUAUCUAGAGCGAAUUGAAGAUCCUAAUUAUCAAGGUGGUUCAUGGGCUUUGCCUGAAAAUCCCUCUCUUUUAGAAAAGACUAAGUAUGAACUAUGUCAAAAAGUUUUAACUUAUCACUUAGAUCAAGAAUUAACGACUGAGGAAACUGCUCAAAAAAUGCAAUUGAGUAAAGCCGAAACUGAAGAUAUUUUACAUUGUCGUUUAGAUUAUUUCACUUUAGACCGCUUAACUACUCAUGCUGGUUAUUUAUUCUCUCCUGCCCAAACUAAAAUCAUAGUCGAAUUAAAACCUACUCACAAAAGAACUAGGAAAUCAGCCUUUAUUCAUGCCUAA